AUGGGGAAUUACUCUGCAGUGACCGAAUUCUUUCUGGUGGGACUCUCCCAAUACCCAGAACUCCAGCUUUCACUCUUUGUGCUCUGCCUCAUCAUGUACAUGAUAAUCCUCCUAGGAAACAGUCUCCUCAUUACCAUCACAAUCCUGGAUUCCCGCCUCCACACACCCAUGUACUUCUUUCUAGGAAAUCUCUCCUUUUUGGACAUCUGUUACACAUCCUCAUCCAUUCCUCAAAUGCUCAUUAUGUUUAUGUCUGAGAGAAAAUCCAUCUCCUUCCUUGGUUGUGCUCUGCAAAUGGUUAUCUCUCUUGGCUUGGGCUCCACAGAGUGUGUCCUUCUGGCUGUGAUGGCCUAUGACAGGUAUGCAGCCAUUUGUAACCCACUAAGGUACCCCAUAAUCAUGAACAGGGUGUUAUAUGUACACAUGGCUGUGUGGUCCUGGGUCAUAGGCUGUGUGAACUCUCUAUUACAAACAGUUUUGACAAUGGUGUUACCUUUCUGUGGUAAUAAUGUCAUUGAUCACCUAACCUGUGAGAUCCUGGCUCUUCUUAAACUUGUGUGCUCAGAUAUCUCCAUGAACGUUCUUAUCAUGACAGUGGCCAGCAUUGUUUUGUUAGUGGUUCCUCUGCUGUUAAUUUUUGUGUCCUAUAUUUUCAUUCUUUCUUCCAUCCUGAGAAUUAAUUCUGCUGAAGGAAGAAAGAAAGCAUUUUCUACCUGCUCAGCCCACCUGACUGUGGUCAUCCUAUUCUACGGAUCAGCCCUAUUUAUGUACAUGAAGCCCAAGUCAAAAUACACCAAAGCAUCUGAUGAAAUCAUUGGACUGUCUUACGGAGUGGUAACUCCAAUGCUGAAUCCCAUCAUAUACAGUUUGAGGAAUAAAGAGGUAAAAGAAGCUGUGAAGAAAAUUUUGAGCAAACAUUUGCAUCUGUGGAAAAUAUGA